AUGGGCCGGAGAAAGAUCGAGAUCAAGGCCAUCAAGGAUGACCGCAACCGCUCGGUGACGUUUUUGAAGCGCAAGGGUGGUUUGUUCAAGAAGGCUCAUGAGCUGGCUGUGCUCUGCUCCGUGGACGUCGCAGUGAUUAUUUUCGGACAGAACAAGAAGUUAUACGAGUACUCAUCAUGCGACAUGCACGAUGCGCUGGGUCGUUACCAAUACUUUGGGCCGCCUCACGAGCAUAAAGGACGGGAAGAUUUUGCCAACAAGCGAGAGGACGAUGACGACGACGACGAGGCUUCACCAGCCCCCGAGGAAAUUCAAGCCGUUCAGGCUCAAAACCACCCCGCUCUGCCCGCUCACCUUCAGAAUACGCCCGCCUUCCAGCACAUCACCCAUGCACCAUCCGCGUCUCCCCCGAUUCAUCAUGGCAUGACUAUCACACGACAUGGCACCCCGCAGUCUCAAGGCACCUCGCGCCCUUCGUCGAGGAAUCACAUACGUCGCGUCAGCUCGAAUCUCGGUCCCCAGCAACACGGUACACCUCCUCCGCCUCCGCCCCCCGGUCCCCAAAAUGGCAAUUUUGGUUACAUGCCAAAUCCGUCCAUGUAUAACCCGAACAUUCACCCCAUGAAUCAACAGCCUCGACCCGGUCAAUUCGCACACUAUGGACACCCCCCCGGACAUCAUCAAGGAACGCCUCCCAUGCACCAUGGAAUACCUCCCCAGCAGAUGCAGCCCCAGCACCAAACUCAGCAACAUUUCCAGCAGCACGGCCAUCCGGUAGGAAUGCCGCCUGGCGCCCUCCCUCAAGUCCCGCAGGUUUCGCAAUCGUACAUGCAAGAGCAUGGUAGAGGCUCCCUUCCCCCAGGGUUUGCGCCCGAGGGUCAUCAAGAGCGACCCGGGUCGGAACACCCUCAAGAGGAGCCAGCCGGCUUAAAACCGGACCACAGCCAAUCGCCACCCCAGAUCAAAUCGUUGUCUAAAUCUCGCAGUAUCUUCACGCCUAUUGAUGACCGAGGAUCCGUGCUCGCCCGUCAUUUCGGUGCAGGGGCGUCGUAUGAGAUGCCACACAAUAAUCACCCCCUCAAGGUCGAAGGACGACCCCAAGGGUCACCUGGCCUACAGUCGAUCCCCGUCCGAGCUGCCACGGAGGCGCCUCGUCCAGAGUCAGAAUCCAAGGCAUCUCGAACACACAGCGGCCCGUUACCACCCAAGCGACCUCAACUGAAGGUGCAGAUUCCCAGCGAACACUCCGAUGGCGGUGGAAGUGCCACGGCCGACUCCUCGCGUGAUUCGGCCGGGAACAAGACUUCCACCCCUGCGAAAACGAGCGCCGAAAAUAGUGGCUCGGGCGUGGUCCUCCCCCCUCCAUCGCCUUCGGCCGGCGCAAUACUGAGCGCCGGCGCCCAGGGCCCGCCCAACCCAUUCGCACGACCCCCGCCCCCGGUUCCCGCAGUUCGCAAUGAUUCCUACGGCAGCAAUAGUGGCAAUCCCGGGGGCGUGACUGCCUCGAAUAAUAUCGAGACCCCCAUCUCAGCCCUGCCGAGCCGCUUUGUCUCCGAUGCUCUCCUCCCCUCACCCUCCAGCUUCUUCCCCGAAUGGGGCUUUGGCCGCUCGGGGCCCGACUCCAACAUGCUGCCCAGUCCCCUCACCUUCCCGACCCCGGCAGUGCCCAGUGGCCCGAGCUUUUCCCGGGACGACGAACAAGACAAGAAGCGCAAGAGUCCGGAGGGAGGGACCGGGGGAGAAGGUGCAAAUAAAAGACCCAAAGCCUGA